CCCAUUUCACCAUUGUUCUAGGCAACUUAAAGCUUCAACUGUCUUCACUCUUCAUUCAUCUCUCUGAUUUCCCCCACUCUAGUAUGGCUUCAGAAAAUGCCUACAAGCCUGGUUCAAAAGCCCCAGUGGUGCUAUCAGCCUCAGCCAAGCCAAAAAAUUGGGUCCUUUUGUUGUUGAGAGUUGUGGCAUUUUGUGCCACUGCCGCUGGGACCAUUGUUAUGGCUCUCAACAAAGAAACCAACACAUUUGUGGUUGCCACCAUUGGCACCACUCCUAUUCAAGUCACUCUCACUGCCAAGUUUCAACACACCCCUGCUUUUGUGUUCUUUGUGAUAGCUAAUGGAUUGGUGAGCUUUCAUAACUUGCUUAUGAUAUCAGUGAGCAUCUUUGCAGGGAAGUUUAAUAUUGAUUACAAGGGACUUCGCCAUGGCAUGGUUGCCAUUUUGGACAUGCUGAACGUGGCUUUGCUAUCGGCAGCAGUGAACGCGGCAGUUUUCAUGGCGGAGCUAGGGAAGCAUGGCAACUCUCAUGCAAGGUGGAACAAAAUUUGUGACAAAUUUGAAACCUUCUGCAGCCACGGAGGUGGAGCCAUUGUUGCUUCAUAUAUUGGGCUGGGCCUCAUGCUGAUCAUUUCUGUCAUGUCCAUUCUCAAACUUCUCAGCCCCAAAUCCACCUAUCAAGUUGCUGAUCCAUAGUGUGUUUUUGUUGCAUCAAUGUAUUCAAUCACCACUUCAAUAAAAUGUUGUGUGUUUUUUUUUAUGUUAAUUUUGUUUCCUCUA